AUGAGUUUUUCGGACGAAGAAGAUUUUGACGACAUCUAUGGAGACGAUAACAAGCAGAACUCCGAGACUGCUGUUGCCGCUGGCAAGCGGAAGGCGGACGGGGAGGCCGGGGCAGGCCCGACGUCAAAGGAGGAGGCUGCGCGCGGUGCAGACAAUUCCGGGGCGUCUGCGGCAGAGACCACGACCACGCCUGCCUCCUCGUUAGAUCAGUUGGCUGCGCUCCAAGUACUAUCAUCCAAUUUGAAUCAGUUACAGCAAUCUACAAAUAAUAAUUCAAAUAAUAAUACUAAUUCUUCUGAUAGCACAAGUAAUGAUUCUAAUAAAGGUAAUGUCCCAGAUCAGAUGCUUGCCAGAGGGAUGCCUGAUCUCUCCCAGUUGCAGCAGUUGCAGCAGACGAUGAACCAGCUCCAGCAACAGGCUGCGCCGCUAACGCAGCAGCAGCAGCAAGAGGCAAAGCAGGUGAAGGCGGACCUUUCCCGUGAUAUCAACAAGAUGUUCAUUGGCGGUUUGAAUUGGGAGACCACUGAGGAUAACCUACGGGAAUACUUUUCCAAGUAUGGCAACGUAACGGAGGUGAAGAUCAUGAGAGAUGGCACUACCGGUAGGUCGCGCGGUUUCGGCUUUCUGUCUUUCGCGGACGCAUCGAGUGUUGAUGAGGUCGUGAAGACCCAGCAUAUCUUGGACGGCAAGGUCAUUGAUCCAAAGAGAGCGAUCCCACGGGAAGAGCAAGAUAAGACGGGUAAGAUUUUUGUCGGCGGCAUCGGUCCUGACGUGAGGCCUAAAGAGUUCGAGGAAUUUUUCUCCCAGUGGGGAUCAAUUAUUGAUGCUCAGCUUAUGUUAGACAAGGACACUGGUAGGUCCAGGGGGUUUGGCUUUAUCACGUACGAUUCUCCAGAUGCCGUGGACCGCGUGUGCCAAAAUAAGUUUAUUGAGUUCAAGGGCAAACGUAUUGAAAUCAAGAGAGCUGAGCCUCGUCAGGUGCAGAAGCAGAGGACCACGAAUGCCUCCCCCACGGGGCAGCCAUUUUCCUUGAAUACUUCUCAAGCUCCUCAGCCUCCACAGCAGCAGUUCCAAAUGAUGGCUAAUCCGAUGAUGGCCAAUCCCCUGUUUAACCCACAGGCGAUGGCGGACUACUAUGCAAAGAUGCAAGAAUACUACCAACAAUCUGGUAUCGAUUAUAGUCAAAUGUACCAGCAGCAGAUGCAGCAGAUGCAGCAAAUGAUGUCGAUGAUGACUGGUGGAAACGCGCCUGCCGGAGGCAUGCCCGCGGGUGCUAAUGGCGCCGGCGGCAAUGGCGAUGACACUAACGGGGUACCAACCAUUGGUGAAGAUUCAUCCUCUACUUCUUCCGGAAAGGACAACAAUGAUAAGGAAUCAUCAAACAACCGCCAUGAUUCUUAUGGGAAUAGAGAUCGGGAAAGGUCUCCUGAUGCUCGUAGAGGCCAUAGGAAUUACAACGACAGAGAAGAAGGCGGACAUGGUUUCCGCCGUGAAAAUCGGGAUCGUGGGUUCCGCGGUCGUGAACGUCGUGGUGGAGGAUACGGCAGAGAUAGACGUGGCUACCACCCAUAUUCUAGGUGA